UAACUGUGCACGGAUCUCAUGACCUGUAACCAACAACUAAUAUAACGUUGGCGUACCGCGGGCAUAUUGAGAGGGAAGUGUUCCACGAUCGGCAGAGAGAGAGAGAGAGAGCGUUAAGUACCUAGUUUGCUGGAAGGCAAUUACCGUCAUCCAGACAAGGACCAGACCCCGGAACUAUGUGUGUAACAGCUACACGGCGUGAGACACCGUGACUUAGCCCGGGGGUUGGUGGUAUACACACACCCGCGCACACACGCCUGGAUCGUACCUGGCUGUGACAGUUAUAUACACAUCGUCAUUCAGUGCUCACAGUAUAUACUGCGGAGAACGCCGUAAACCUCAGUACCAGAUUAGGACGCCAGGCGUAGAAAAUGCCAAGGUCAAGGUCAAAAGAAAGAAAGGACAAAGAAUGGGAAACAGGUAGGGCUUCAUCCCAGGUAAAAGAUCUGUUUCAUCGGUUUGACAAGGACCGUAAUGGCGUGUGGUCUAAGGAAGAGUUGGGAAUCGCCAUGAAUAAGCUUGGAUUUACCGCCUCACCGACACAGGUGGCAGAACUGUUCAAACAGCUGGACAAAAACAAAAGCGGUAAAAUCGAGUACAAGGAGUUCAAAUAUUUCAUGGAUAAGGAGCUGGUGAAGCAGAAUGACCCCGAGAGACAGCGGCAGAUGAUGUGGGAAGCCUUUGAGAUGUUUGAUAAAGACAGAAAUGGAUAUAUCGACUCCAAGGAGUUGAAAGCGGCGAUGAAGCAGCUGGGAGAACCCCUGACUGAUGCUCAGUGUAACGAGAUGAUUCGUGAAGCGGACAUGGACGGUGACGGCAGGAUCAACUACAUAGAAUUUGUCAAAAAAUGGAUGGAAGUCGGAGCCGUUUCUUAGCAGCAAAGUGGAGAAGAUAAUGUGCGCGAAUUUUAUAAACAUCUUGUGAAUUAUCCUGUUUAUUUUGAACCCUUGUUUUGGACCUCUUCAGAAUUGUUAUCAUUUGAUGAACGCGUUAACUCGUACCUUGCUUUUACCCGGGAAACAAAUGCUGAGGUUUGCUUUUGUUUGAUGUUUGUUGUGUUUUAAUUUCGUCCGAAGGAUAAGCUUUGUGUCCAAAACAAGAUGGCCGCCAGAUAUUAUUGUUUACUGUUUACUGCACAACAUCUUGUCUGCUCAAUUAAGGGAUAGUAACAGUUGGAGGUAAAGGUUUGGUUUUGAAAACACCGCUUGUUUAAUCAAAUAAGAUCAUGCUCAGUCGAUGUAAGUAAUUUUAAUCAAGAUUAAGUCGGUGAUUAGAACUCGAAGAAAAAUGUCCUGAUGAACAAAUACAAUCCAAUCAGGAUGCAGUGUUCCGUCGCGCCAAGAUGUAUAUCUAUAGAAACAGGUAACUGUCCGUAACUGGUGUCUUAAAUCGCACGUAUUUUUUUGUUUUGUUUCUUUUUUUGUUUUUGUAACGCACAUCAUAUGUAUUAUUCUUUUCAUAAGAUAAAUACCUUAUUUUAUUUUCCACCACGAUAUAUUAACGUCAUUCACUGCAGUUCCCCCAAAACCAUUACGUUCACAAUUGGCCCCAGGCUAUUAAACUUCUGUGAUAAUUGAA